AUGGCUGCCCUGCAGAAAUCUGUGAGCUCUCCCCUCGUGUCCACGCUGGCCGCUGGCUGCCUCCUCAUCCUGGUGCUGUGCGCCCAGGGAGGAGCAGCUGUGCCCAUCACGUCGCAUUGCAGGCUCAAUGAGUCCGACUUCCAGGAGCCCUACAUCAUCAACUACACCUUCACUCUGGCCCAGGAGGCUAGUUUGGCAGAUAACAUCACAGAUGUCCGUCUCAUUGGGAAAAAACUGUUCCAGGGAAUCAAUGUGACAAAACGCUGCUAUCUGCUGAAGCAGGUACUGAACUUUACUCUUGAAGAGGUGCUGCUCCCCCAGUCCGAUAAAUUCCAGCCCUAUAUGAAAGAGGUGGUGCCUUUCUUCUCCAAGCUCAGCAAAAAGCUAAGCCAAUGCCAUGAGUAUGACAGCCAGCACAUCCAGAGAAAUGUACAGAAUCUGAAGAACACAGUGAAAAAGCUUGGAGAGAGUGGAGAGAUUAAAGUCAUUGGAGAAUUGAACUUGCUGUUUAUAGCUCUGAGACGUGAAUGUGCUCAAGUAGAACAAGGCUGGAAAAUGGAUUACUAA